CUGUCAAUGGCAGUGCAGUGAUGGGACGUGCACCCCAGUGCUCGGGGCAGCCGGGAGGGGGCUUUGGGGAGCCCCUGGCACAGCGGGAGAACUUGCUCGGGAGGUGCUGAGGAUGCUGCGGGGCUGAUUAUUCACAGCCUCCCUCGCCCCGAUUGGCUCCACGGCGCCGAGCGCAGCCGGGCCCCGCCGCAGGAGGAGACUCCGUGGCCAUAAAAGCGGGGUGAGAGGCGGCGGGUGGCGAGUCCGGCGGCACCGCGGCCCUGCCGGCACCGCCGAUGAGCGGCUCAGCCUGACGCCCGCGGAGGGAGCGCAUCCGCCGGUCCCGACCCGGCUCGUCGAGGGCACAGCGCAGGCAGCGGCUGUGGGGUGCAAUGGUGCGGAGGGCGCUGGUGCUGGUGCUCUGCCUCUCCCUGGCUGCGGCGGCAUCGGCCAACUGCGUGACCCAGUGCUCCCUCUGUGCAGCACAGACCCACGGCACCGAGACCAGCAUCUGGCCCCUGAUGUGCCUGUGGGAAUGCCAGGGCUCCUCACCCCCGGGCCCCGAGUGGGACACGUGCAGGAAGGCGCUGGCGCUCCUGGCCCCGCUGGUGGCUCUGGCUGAGGGGACGGAGCCGGUGGAGGAGGAGGAGGCAGAGCCGGAGCAGGAGCUGGGUCCUGGCGAGCAGCCGCUGGCGCCGGCCAAGCGCUACGGGGGCUUCAUGAAGAUGUCCAAGGGGAAGCUGCUGUCCCUGCUGCGCGAGAACGCCCACAGCAAGGGCGGCCUCAGCAAGAAGUUCGGGGGCUUCGGCCGCAAGCCCGGGGAGCGGGAGGCCCCCGAGGACUACCCGGGGUUGGCAGGGGCUGGGGGCGAGGAGGAGCCCACGGGCGCCGGGGCCGAGGGGCAGGAGCUGCACAAGCGCUACGGCGGCUUCAUGCGCCGCAUCCGGCCCAAGCUCAAGUGGGACAAUCAGAAGCGCUACGGGGGCUUCCUGCGGCGGCAGUUCAAGGUGAACACGCGGGCGGACGAGGACCCCAGCGCCUACUCAGGGGAGGUCUUGGACCUAUAGAGCCCGGCAUCAGGGUCCCCACGCUGCCAGCCUGGACUGUGCCGUCACCCCCCGGCCCCAUCCCUUUCCCAGUCUGGUGUGGCCGGUGUCAUCCCUGCCUCAUCCACCCAGGGGACCACAGGUCUCCAUCCCCAGUGAUCCCUCCCUGGUUCACCUGCCAGUCCCUUAGGGACCCCAGGUACCAAGGGGACAGUGCCACCCCUCUGGCUGCUGCUGGUGCGGCUGCGGGUCCAGCCCCAGGGCUCCUGGGGGGCAAAUUAAGGGGGGGGACCCAUAUCCUCCACCCUCCCACAGCUGCAGAGCACAGCAGGGUCUGGGAACCAUCACGGCUGAUGUAGAGGGCAAUGGCCUCUGAGCACCGGGAAGGAUGAGCUGGAGCAUUGGACCUGUGCCCCUUCUUCCCCCCCCCAAGCCAAUAAAAGGCAGAUGCCAACAAAGCCAAAGCUGUGCUGAGCGUCCUCCAUGGGCCAUUCCACACCCUUGGCAUGAAGGGACCAUGCACCCUGAAGCUGGGGCCUGGUGGGUUGAUGGGGGUGCCAGGGGUGCCAGCCGAGACCAUCAGGCAGCAUGAAGUGGUACCCUGCCUGUGCCAUGGAUGCUGAUGGGGAUGCAGGACCCCACGCACCAUCACUGCUGCCCCUGGAUGCAGCAGGGCUGCAUGGGGAGAGGUGCCCAGGGGGACCAGUCCUAUAGCCCUCAUCCCAACCUCAACCUCCUGCUGCU